AUGGACAUUUUUUAUUUGCAAAUGCAGGAAUAGCCAAUUUAAUGGAUCAACUAAUCUAAAAGCACUUGUUCAUCAAAAGAAUUAGAUAGCAAAGAAUUUGAUUGGAAUAAUAUUGAAUUUCUAUAUUAAGAGUGCUAAUAAUAGGAUCAGGCUUCUAACGUUACUAAUAUUAUCAAAAGUAGCUAGGAUUCUGAGUUUAAUCUAAAAAUAGAUAGACUCGUUAGAACAAAUAAUCAAAGUAGCCUUAGUGAAGUUAAUGAAAAUGAGGCAACUCUAGAAAUUAAUGAAGAUUAAAAAGAAAAAUCUAAUGAAUUACCAUAGAAACCUGUAUUAAAGAGAAGUAAUACAUCCUAUAGAGGACAUACAAAAUCUUUUUCGUAAGUCAUUUAUGAAUAAGAAAAGUUUAAAAGAUAUAGAAAUAACAAAAGGAGUGCACGAACUCUUUCAAUGGUUUCAUUAAAAAGAUCGUUAAUGACUCCCCUUUUAAAAACAAGUUUAUAGAAAAAUCUAAAAUAAAUUUCUAUUAAUUAUUUCAACUCAGAAUACUCAAAAACUCUAUAUGUCGAUAAGAAUAUUUUAGCUUGUGAACUAAUAGUUCUUGCCUUAUAGGAAUACAAAAAAACUUCUGAUUUUGAUUAAGGUUUGUUAAAACACUCAAACUUUACAUUAGCUUAUUAAUUGACAAGUUUAGAGGAUUGUUGUGAUUUUUCUGGCUAUCCCUCAUUCUAAGAUAGCAUUAUUGAUAUUUAAAUGGUUAAAUAGGAUUCAAACCAAUAAUUUUAAUAUAUUUUUGAUGAUGUUGAAAUGAAUUCUAACAAAGGAUUCUUUUAAUUGGAAUUAAAUUAGAAAGUGAAUUUCAAAAAUCUCACUCUAAAUAUAGCUGAUAUCUCAAAUUUUGGUUUAGAUUUAUUUACAGUUGAGAUGAUUCAUAAAAAUUAUCCAACCUCAAUAAUUUUAUUGCUUGAAGAUAUAACGAAUGAAAUAUUUUAUAAUUUAAAAUUUGAAGAAUAUGCAACCAUUUAAGAAAUCUAUAAUUAAUUAUAAAAGAAAGGCAACCUUAAAUAUAAUCAAAAUGAGUGUUUUUUCUUCUUAAAAUAUCCUUGUGUCAAUUUUAAUAAUGAAGUACCUUUAGAUAGUAAAUUUCCAAUCUCUUUACUGCCAAUUCAUUGGUUAAUUAUUCAAUUCAAAAUCUCUUCAAAAAAUGUAAAUGAUUAAAUUAAAAUUUCUGGAUUUGGAGUGAAAUCAUUAAAAUCAAUAUCAUCAUCUAUGAUUUAAAAAGAAGAAUUAAUAGAUUAAAAAAAUCUCUAAAUGUUUAAUUAUGAAGAAUUUAAAGUUAUAAAAAUAGAAAAUAAUGGAUAGUAGAAUGAAGUCAUAAUUGGAAUAGAUUAUUUUGAUUUUUAUUACUACUAUACAUCAUAAAAGCAAUAAAAAUAUUCUUUCUAUAAGAUUGCUAAAUGGAUGGUUCAAUUUUUAUUGGAAAAUCAUUAAUCUGGUUAAACUAAAGAUUAUAAAAGAAUUCAAAUAUCAUCCAUUCUUUAAGUUAGAUUAAAAAAUGCUUAAUUACUUAUUAUAAAAUACCUUAAAAAUGAAGAUUCAAUAAAAAAAAUAUAAUUUAUGCUUCCAAAAAACAAUAAUGAAGUUGAUAAAAUGAAGAUAUAAGAAUAACCAGUAUAAAUAAAGAAUAUCGUUGAAAAGUUAUAAUAUAUAAUUUAAGAAAGAAGGAAAAAUAAUUACACUUAAUGA